GUGGGAAAAAAAAUAGCUGAGCUCUGGGUGAUGGUGAAGAUGGCGGAUGGGGACAGCGGGAGUGAGCGCGGCGGCGGAGGAAGCGGCGGAGGGAGCGGGUUCCAAGCGUUCCAGAGGGACCAAGAGACCCAAGAGCUGGCGUCCAAACGCCUCGACAUCCAGAACAAGCGCUUCUAUCUGGACGUCAAGCAGAACUCGAAGGGCAGGUUCAUCAAGAUCGCCGAGGUCGGCGCUGGGGGCUCCAAAAGCCGCCUGACGCUUUCCAUGUCGGUCGCAGCGGAGUUCCGGGAUUACCUCGGGGAUUUCAUCGAACACUACGCCCAGCUCGGGCCCAGCACUCCGGAGCAGAUCGCGCAGUCCUCCGGAGGCGAGGACGGAGGGCCUAGACGGGCCUUGAAGAGCGAGUAUCUCGUGAGGGAAAACCGCAAAUACUACCUCGAUCUGAAGGAGAACCAGCGCGGGAGAUUCCUGCGGAUCCGGCAGACCGUUAACCGCGGCGGGUUCGGUGUUCCCGGCGGCGGAGGCGGAGGGAUUCAAUCCGGGCAAACUAUCGCUCUCCCCGCUCAGGGUCUCAUCGAGUUCCGCGACGCGCUGGCGAAGCUGGUCGACGACUACGGCGGCGACGACGAGGAGCUGGCCUGCGGCGGCGGAGGAGCAGGAGGAGGUUACUCGGAGCUACCUGAGGGGACCUCAAUAACCGUGGACUCCAAGCGGUUCUUCUUCGACGUGGGCUCCAACAAGUACGGCGUGUUUCUGCGUGUGAGCGAGGUGAAACCCAGCUACAGAAACUCUAUCACGAUCCCCUUCAAAGCGUGGAGCAAAUUCGGCGGAGCGUUCUGCCGCUACGCCGAGGAGAUGAAGGAGAUCCAAGAGCGGCACAGAGAUAAAACGUUCGAGCGGAGAACCGAAGAGGAGUCUGAGGGCGACGAUUUGGACGACGACUGACCGGCGGAGGUGUCGCGUCGCUGGGCAACCGCGCAGAGCGAGAGUCGCGCUCUGGAGGGGGAUGCAUGAAACGAUCGACGGCGAAUAAAAAGAUGUUUGACUGAGAAACACUGUCGUGUAUAUGUAAGAGAAACCUGUUUAAAGCAGUGUAGACUAUGUUUGGCUAGAUAAAUGGAUUUUUCUGCUGGCUGCUCUCUGUAGGUCUUGUCAUUUUGAAAGUUUUCCCCUUUAUAAAGAAAGAAAAGCAAGCACCCUUUCACGCAGAGACUGAGUUCACAAGCAGGGAUGUUAUAGUGUUAGUGUGUCAAGAAGAACCGAUGAUUAUCUCUACUAUAGGUGUUUUUGGUGUUGUACCCUGCGAUGGAGAGCAAACCAGCAUCAUCUGAGCGACUUGGUGUGCAUCUCAUAGUUAGCUCAUUCAGGAUGUGUGUGUGUGUGUGUGUGUGUGUGUGUAUACAUUUUAUAUAUAUAUAUAUAUAUAUAUAUAUAUAUAUAUAUAUAUAUAUAUAUAUAUAUAUAUAAGACUCAGAUCAAACAGCGUCAAUAUUGCAGGUUGUGUGGACACACAAUACAGUUCAAGCAACAAUGUACAAACCGUUAAAAUGGUGCUAUAAAGUGUCACGCCGGCUGGUGGCUUUUAUUUAGUUCUCCUCCUGUUUCUUGUCAGGAUCGAGCAAAUUAUUCUGAUUGUAUGAACUGAAUUGGGAAGUGCAUCGAAGAUGCCACUAAAUUUACCGGGUUUGACCUUGAUGGGUGAAUUAGUAGUUUUAGAGCUUUGGUGACAUAACUGGAAAGGAAAUCAAAUGUAGAACAACACCCAGCUGGGUUUAAAUAGAUUUAUUUUUAAAAAACAAUAUACAGAAAUAUAUAUAUAUAUAGAAAUAUAUUUAUAUAUAGACCUAUAGAAUCAAUUAUAAAUGCUUUGUGAACAGGCUAUUUAACAAAUAAAAGUCGGAUGCAAUUAUAUAGGGAGAUAUUUCUUACUGCUUUUCCAUUCAUUUCCUAAGGUCUCGGAAGAGCAAGAUUUGUGAUAUACAAACUAGACUUCUCAGUUUAGCUUGUGUUCCUUUUUUCAACAACCCCAAUGACAUAACUAUCUUCUUUAUUUCUCUGCGAUCUCUUCCUCUGCUUAUUAAGUUGUCGCGAGUCUUACUGCAGUAUAUCUGCUCCUCUUGUUUUUGUUUUUUUGUCGUGGGUGUUGGAUAUUUUUCAUUUGAUUGGAGAAAAAGUGAGAGUUUUGAUUUCCAGGCCUUCUGUAACCACGAGAAUUAGCCAUACGCGCCACCCAGGAGCCAUAGGGAUUUUUUACUAACUUCAAUAUCCAUGAGUUUUGACCUCAUUCUUGUCUGUACUGUGUUAUGUGAUAAAGGCAGCUGUUCAGUCGAGUGUGUUCUGCUGUAAUUCUCCACAAACUUCCUUUGAACAAUAAAUAGAAUUUCUUUGCUGACAA